AGUGCGCGCUCUCUGACUCCGCGGUAUUAAACGGUUGCAGCGCCGGCGGGUUGGUUGUGGUCCUCCUAGGUCUCAAGCUUCCGGAGGUCGCUCUGAUCGUCCUACAUCCACCCGCCUGUAGCCGUGUCGCUGUGACUCCGCCACCAUGUUCGAGGCGCGCUUGGUCCAGGGCUCCAUCCUGAAGAAGGUGCUGGAGGCGCUCAAGGACCUCAUCAACGAGGCCUGCUGGGACAUCAGCUCGAGCGGAGUGAACCUGCAGAGUAUGGACUCGUCCCACGUCUCCUUGGUGCAGCUCACCCUGCGCUCCGAGGGCUUCGACACCUACCGCUGUGACCGCAACUUGGCCAUGGGCGUGAAUCUCACCAGCAUGUCCAAAAUACUAAAAUGUGCUGGCAAUGAAGAUAUCAUUACACUAAGGGCUGAAGAUAAUGCGGAUACCUUGGCACUCGUAUUUGAAGCGCCAAACCAAGAAAAAGUUUCAGACUAUGAAAUGAAGCUAAUGGAUUUAGACGUUGAACAACUUGGAAUUCCAGAACAGGAGUAUAGCUGUGUAGUAAAGAUGCCUUCUGGUGAAUUUGCACGUAUAUGCCGAGAUCUAAGUCAUAUUGGAGAUGCUGUUGUCAUUUCCUGUGCAAAAGAUGGAGUGAAAUUUUCUGCAAGUGGAGAACUUGGGAAUGGAAACAUUAAAUUGUCACAAACAAGUAAUGUCGAUAAGGAGGAAGAGGCUGUUACCAUAGAGAUGAAUGAGCCAGUUCAGCUAACUUUUGCACUUAGGUACCUGAACUUCUUUACAAAAGCCACUCCACUCUCUUCUACCGUAACACUCAGUAUGUCUUCAGAUGUGCCCCUUGUUGUAGAGUAUAAAAUUGCUGAUAUGGGACACUUAAAGUACUAUUUGGCUCCCAAGAUCGAGGAUGAAGAAGCAUCUUAGGCACACUUAAAAUCCAAGAAAAUAAAGUUGUUUGAGAACUGCUUUUGAGACACCAGCAUGUACUUAAGUCUUUCUGUCACCAAACGUGUACCUCUGAGUACAUAAUGUAGAUACUGUUUUCUGUAAAUAACCUAUUUUUUCUCCACUCUUUCAAAUUUGUUUAAAGAAUAAAGUCCAAAGUCAACUCUGCACUUGUUAACCUAGAAAUACUUCUGCCUUACCUAGAAAUACUCUUAAUGCUUUUUAUAACAAAAGGGUCUUAAGUCUAAAUACAGUUUUAAGAAUGUGUUUUCAAUUUAAAUAAAGUUAUCUGAGUUUCAAGUGUCACUAGACAGUGCCUUCAUUUGGACCACCAUGGUUGCAGGUAUCCCAGGGAAUGUUCAGCUAAAGCUACCCUGCCAUGUAAAUGGGUUUAUGUUUUCUAUCUAGAGCAGUCUAAUACAAAUAUAUUAUGGAGAUAGCAAUCAAAAGUCUUCCAAAUAUAGUAGGAUAUAAAUCUCUGGUAACUAGAUAUUUUGGGGGAUUCAUAUGCCAAACUUGUUCUGAUAUUCUAACUUGAGCUCAAGUAAUGACUGGGGGACAGUAGAACAAAUCCUACAUAUUUUAUCAUUUUAGUUGGCAAAAAUUAAUAGUUUAGAAACUUGAUGUACCCAAAGUUGUGUGACUUUUAAGACUAGCUGUGUUAUGGGGCAGUGUUUCUUCAUUCAGCCUAGGGAACCUUUCACACGAGUCCUGGAAGUUUUGGUACAUCUGUGAUAGGGACCAAACCCCAACCUUUUUAUGACGAGAUAAUUUUAGUGUUUGAAUGAGUAUACUUGCUUGGGACUCAGUCCCUUGAGGGGUGAAGAUGACUUAAAUUCCAUGACUGGCCCAAUCAAGAAAGUGGGAAGGCUCAGCAAUUGUGAAGAAAGACCAGUAAAACAUUUUCAGUUGCUGUGCUGCAAGGUCACACACUGGCAUGCCGUGUAUUAAAAAGUCCUUUAUCAUUGACCUUUUCUCAAGUGAAUUUUGUGUUUGGUGGGUUUAAUAAUGGUUUGUUGUACUUGCACUGAGUUGUCACUGGAUGUCGUUAAAACUCACUAUCACGUAGGUAACUAAAAUUUUGCUCAUUAUUCAUUACUGUGUGCCUGGUGUGGGGUGGAUCGGCUGCAAACGGGCCUGAAGGAACUUCUUGGGAGUGAUGGAAAUAUAUCUAGAUUGUGCUGAUGGUUCCAGGACUGCACGCAUUUAUUAAAACAUCCAGCUGUGCUUUAUUAUAUGUAAGUUAAAUCUUAAUAAAUCUGACUUUUAAAAAACAAUUCCUAAAAGAUUAAGUCCUCGAGUUUAACGUGUGGCGUAAUAUUUCUUGAGGGCGGGCCCCUUACCUGGGCAAGGCCUGACGACUAGCGUAGGAAAUAAGCACAAGACGGCGGGACUACUGAAGCGGAUACCCUGGGGCUAUUUGUGUGGGCCUGGGAUCCCGAACCUGGUAGAUCCCGUCGUUGGUUCGGACGCUCCUGGGCCUUGGCCUCCGUCUCCCGAGGGCACCCCUGUGGUCCCUUUCUCGGCUCUGAUGGGUCGGGGAAGGAACCACGCAGCUGGCUUGCCCUAGGCUGACUAUGACGCAGGUGGGCGGGGACCCAAGGCACCCGCCUGCCAGCAGAGGUAGCCGAUGGCGCACCCAAGCCGCUGUGCCU